CUCCUAUUUUUAAUUAUUAUUUUUAUUAUAACAUUUAAAAGACUAUGGAAAUUCACUGAUGCAGAUGAUUGUACAACAAAAUAUCAUAUUAUUAACAAAAUAAACACAAGAAAUAAAAUUUAAGCCUCAUAAAUCACCAGAUAACUAAACUCCCACGUAACCACAUUGAUCACAGCCAUUAUUCAUUUGUGGCCCCCUAUCCAUUUCAACCCCUCCACAUACACACCACAUGUAUGUUUACUAUAUAAUAUUCCACAAUAUGCAAUCUAAUUUACUUGGAACUAGAGCGAAAACCAAAAGAUGGGUCUAAGAGCACUGCCUCUUCAACAUAAUAGUGGAUUCAUCUCCACGACCAAAGUCCCGAUCUCAAGAACCUCGCAGAGAUUAAGCCGGAACCCUAGAUGGGUCGUGGUGUCGGCCAAGCAAGAGAAAGAUGAGGAGAAGAAGAGGGAAGAUGAGACUUCAUUGUUCACCAGACUAACAGAUGCGUUGGAUUUCGCACAGGUUCGGUCGGAGAAAGACGCCGAGCUUCUCUAUGAGGCCCGUGAAGCCACCAAAUCUGGUGGCAAGAUGAGCAAAGAACAGUAUGGGGCGUUGAGAAGAAAAAUCGGAGGGACAUACAAGGACUUCUUUAAAUCCUACGUUGAAGUGGAUGGAGAAUAUGUGGAGGAAGGAUGGGUGGACAAAACAUGUAAGAUAUGCAAAAAGGACACAAAGGGUGAGGCAAGACAAGUGGACAAGGCAGGGAGAUAUGCUCAUGUCUCCUGUCUUCAAAACCCCUCCAACUCUUCUGGAAAUUUCUUCACCAGACUCUUCUCAAGAUGAUCAAUCUCCCAUAUCGUAUACAUGACUCUGUUUGUUUCUGUUUUUUUAUAGCUAAGUCAUUCUUGCAAUUUUGUGUAUCUUAUAGAAAUCGAAAUUAUACACAUGCCAAAACAAAAAUUAUGUGUA